ACUGGUUGUGAUAGUGUGUAAUCAUUCAUUGUCUCACAACAUUUGCAUCUUUCUUCUUUCUAGGCACUCUGAAGUACCCCUACAGUUCCAGUGUGACGGAAAGGACGCACAGAGGUGUGCUGCAGGACGUGAAAGCGGCUGUGAUGACAGGCACCACGAAGCACGGCAUGUACGGACCGAGCCCCAUUGCAAGACUUCAAGGUUUUGAUUUGGUUUGGGGCAUAGUGCCCGAUUACAUGCAUUGUGUACUUGAAGGUGUUGCGAAACAACUGACAGAGUUGUGGUUUACAAGCACAGGCGCACCUUUUUACAUCGGAAACCAGAUGGCUGCUGUAGACCGUAGACUGGCAAUGAUCCGUCCCCCAAAUCUUUUCGCUAGAGCCACACGAUCGGUUAGAGAAAGAGCUCUAUGGAAGGCCAAAGAGUGGAGGUACUGGAUGGUGUACUAUGCUAUGCCUUGCCUUCAUAGCAUACUGCCACACCACUACCUUGCACACUUCACACAUUUGUGUCAGGCAGUGUUUCUGCUGUUACAGAAAAGCGUCCACAGGGAUGACAUCCAAGCUGCUGAAGGGCUUUUGGCACGUUUUCUCCAACAAGUGUCUGCCCUUUAUGGUCAAGGUGCAGAAACCUCUAACAUGCAUCUACUUAUGCAUUUGCCCAAAAGUGUUAUGCAGCUUGGCCCUCUGUGGGCUUCAUCCAUGUUCCCAUUCGAAAGUGCAAAUGGGGCACUUCUGCGCCUUGUAACCGCUGCUAAAGGCGUUCCUCUUCAGGUUGCUGAGAGGUGGGCUAUGAAGCACGCACUGGCACGAUUUGGUGAAAUGACCAAUCUCCCAGCUAACUUUGACCAACUUUUUCGCAUGUUUCUCAACAUUCAGAAUGAUUCCGAGGACGGUGUCCUGGGCGUUCCGCAGGAAGUGUCGUUAACAGCUGCUGUGCAUAGCCUUCUUGAAUGCCAUUUUGGCCAGGUACCUACUCUUGAAAGACAUCUAAGAACAAGAGUAGUGGGGUUCGAAAUCCACAGUCGUGAGUACACGCGCCCUAAGAAGACAUGCACACAAUUUGUAAAAAUGCGAGAUGGUACGUAUUGUGAAAUUCAGGCUAUCUACAAGACUGUAAGGACUGGUGAAAUUUUUUUAGUCUGUAAGAGCCUGAUUCUUGAAGAUUUUGGAACUGGUAGCGUGAAGUACCUAUAUAAGUGUAUUGUGCCCCCUAAUGAGGAGAAUUUAGUUCUCUUCUCCUCUGACCAGAUUGAGUGCAUCUGUGUUUUCAUUGAACUUGAAGAUGAAUCUUAUUUGUGCGACAUGCCCAACUUUUAUGAGAAAGAAUAAUUUUGGGGGAAAGGGGGAAGGGCUUGGAAUUCAUUUGUGCUUGCUACUGUAAAGGCUGGAAGCCUCGGAGGGACAGCCGGCAUUUCACUGAGACUUGGCUUCAUCACAAGCCGUGCCCGUGCCACACGGGCAACUCUAACGCCAUUUACAACGAAUGACAUUUGAGCGGACGGCCAAUCAGCGCGCGAC